CCUCUUUGCCCUUAUCUUUUCCAUGGCACUUCCAAUGGAGCUCCUACGUAUCAAUUGGAAUACGCCGCGUAUGUUGUGUUUCCCCUAAUGUUCGUUGUUGUUGGCUAUUUUAUAAUAAGUCAGUGUUCCAGCGGACCAAUGGAAGUCCCAAAAUAUCCCCCCCCCCCCACCUAUGCCGGUUUUUAUCAGUGAAGAACCGACAUUCGAAACUGAUCGAACUUUAUUUCGAGCAACAAUGCGCGUGGCCAAGAAGCGAGACGCGACAGUCAACAAGGAUCGAGCUUACGCUGUCCAUGGAAUUCUUCAAAAGCUCAAGGUCGAGGUAUCGGAUGUUAAGUAUGAAGAGUCAGAAAUGAAGAUUUACCACAGCUUCUGCACGGAUUUGCUGAGGAGUGGGGUUUCGAUCAGUCUCUUACUUGACGCAGAGGGCACUGAGACUCGUGAAGUGCCAUCGUGGAUUCCGGACUGGAGAACACGUCGUGAGAGAUCCUGGUUGCAAGAGCGGAUCGAUAUUUCGCGCCGCCAGGAAUCUUCUGGUAUAUCUCCGGAACUUGCUGAAGCAAUUCACGUCGAGUGCGGCCGGAGAUUUCCCUCCCACCAGAGUCUUUUUCCGCGCUUCCCCUCGUGCCCCCUCGAGUCCUGAGUGACAGUAACUAAUUUUAGGAAGCCAGGGGCCUGGCAUUGUUCGAAGUCACGUUUGCUUCUGGCCCA